CGGGAUUAGAGAAAUUUCCACCAGAACAUGGUUCUUUGGUUAGAGACCUUUGACAAGCUAGUCUCGCGUGCUCAAUGAGGUCCAGCACCAUUGCACUGCUGCAACACGCGACAGUAACAAGCUCAAGGUUGCAAGCAGGCAUCGAGUCCUCAUGAAGCUCGUUCAGAAACUAUCGGGCUAUCCCCGCCUACUUCUGGCGGGCAGUCCCUCCAAGGUUGAUCUUGGUCGACUCCUGCUGGGGAUUGUCAGCGCAGCCGCCUCUGGUGUCCCGUUCCCCUUGAUUGGAAUUCUGUUCGGUCAGCUCCUCGACGACUUUAACGCAGUGACCUGCGGCGAGUCAGAAUCAUCAGACUCUGACUCCGACUAUCAACAUGACAUCAACGGCAAGAUUCUGAUCAUCGUGUAUCUGGCUAUCGCACAGUUUGUUCUAAUCUACGUCCACCUCUCAUGCUGGAGCCUGAACGGUGCUCGACUGGCGCAACGUCUGCGGGAAACUUAUCUACAGAACCUCCUCCCGGAGAAAGUAGGGAUAUGUUUAUCGAGUCUGUCCUUUUUCAUCACCGCGUACAUCGUGGCCUUUAUCAAAGAUGCCAAGCUUGCCGGAAUGCUCGUCUCGUUGAUCCCGGCAUACUUUCUGAUGUCGUUCGUUGGAAGCCACUAUAUCGAGAAAUACACCGGGCGCAUGUCGGAUUACGCUGCGAGUGCCGCGUCUAUUGCCUCUGAGGCACUUUCCAAUACCGUUGUGGUGCAGGCCUUUGGCGCCAAUGCGCGGCUGGAGGAGAAAUUCUCCAAGGCUCUCAAAGCUGCGGAGACUGAGGGAUUGAAGAAGGCGACGGCGGUUGGCAUACAGUCUGGAGUGUUGUAUUUUAUUGCAUAUUCUGCCAAUGGUCUGGCGUUCUGGCAGGGAAGCAGACGGAUAGCCGAGUCCGUGAGUGAUAAUACUCACGGUGCCACGGUGGGUGCUACCUUUACAGUAAUCUUCAUUCUUGUUGAAGCCACCCUGCUCCUCAGUCAAGUCGCACCAUUCCUGCACCUGUUCAAGUUGCGUGACGAUAUCGACCGCGAGCCGAUGAUUGACAGUACGAGCGAUUCUGGCCUUCGCCUUACCCAGGCUGAGGGAGGUUUUGAAUUUAAGGAUAUCACCGUUCUGGACAACAUCAGUCUUAGCAUUCCGGCCAACAAGCAUACCGCUAUUUCGACCAUUGCGGGCUUGGGCCAGAUUCUUUUCGACGGCCACGACCUGCGUGAUAUCAACCCUCGUGACUUGAGAAGCUUUCUGAGCCUGGUUCAGCAGGAGCCCUCUCUACUUGACCGAUCGCUUUUAGAGAACAUUGCCCAUGGGCUGAUCAACUCCAGCAAUCCGAGCCAUGCACACCUGAAGACAACCCUGUUGAGUACUGACCUAGCCGACCUCGCCAGUGAAGUCAGGAAUGGCAAGGACUUGACCGCUGCAGCAGAGGCGCGGGGUCCCAAUGUCGUUGAAAUCGUUGGUUUGGUGACAAACGCUGCCUCACUUGCGGAUGCAGACGGCUUCAUCAUCGUGGGCUCCAGUGGACGGUUGAUCAGUGGUGGCCAGAAACAGCGAGUUGCGCUUGCCAGGGCUCUCGUCAAGGAUCCUGCAGUGCUCAUACUCGAUGAAGCUACGGCGUCUCUGGAUUCACGCAGCGAACAGCGCAUCCAGCGCGCAAUCUCCAAUAUUGCCACCGACAGGACUAUCAUCACGAUUGCCCAUCGCUUAUCCACAAUCACCGGUGCGGACAAUAUUAUCGUCAUGCAUAAGGGCCAUAUCGUGGAACAGGGCAAUCAUGCAACACUCAUGGCCAACAAUGGCACGUACGCGGAACUUGUCAAAUUGCAGACUCUUGCUGGCAAGGAUGAAACAGCAGUCAACAUCGAGAGCAUCAGCAAGUCAGACCAGGCAUCUUCAAGUGAGGAUGAUAUUGAGAAAAGCGCUCUUUUCCCCGGCGAUUUUGGCGAUGCUGAGAAAACUCCAGUCUCGACAACCGAAGCUCCUGUUGACUCCGAGGAAGCAGAAGAGCCUGAGACUCCUAAAAAGUCCCUCUGGGCGCUUGCCAAAGGCUACGCGCCAGCAUUGCGACCUCACCUGCUGUUCAUUUUUCUUGCGCUUCUUGGCUCGAGUGUCGUUGGCGGAGCCUUUUCUGGAGAGGCUGUGAUCUUCGGAAACACCGUCGGCAGUCUAAAUCCCUGCCACAGCGCAGAUAGCAUCCGGUCAAGAGGAAACUUCUUCGGACUGAUGUUCUUCAUCCUCGCUAUUAUUGAAUUCUUCGCCAACGUGGUCAGUUGGUCUGGAUUUGGCUGGGUCUCUGAGAAGAUCGUCUACGCGGUGCGGGUUCUGUCGUUCAGGUCACUAUUCGAGCAGGACCUGCAAUGGCAUCAAUCCGAGGGCCGCACACCAGCUUUGCUUCUGUCCUAUAUUACCCGGGAUGGCAAUGCAUUGGCUGGUUUGAGCGGUUCGGUCAUUGGCACUUUGUUUUCGAUCAGUGUCAACCUCAUCGCGGCGAUCAUUCUGACUCACAUCAUCGCCUGGCGAAUCGCAUUAGUCUGCCUGGCGCUGGUACCGCUUCUGCUUGGAGCCGGGCUGAUGGAGCUCCAUGUGCUCGGGAAAUUUGAGGAGCGGCACGAAAACGCAUACACAAAGUCUGUCGAUAUCGGCGUGGAAGCCAUCACAUCCAUCAAGACUAUCGCAUCCCUGGCUCUCGAAGAAGAGACUCUCCGGACCUAUCGGCGAUCGCUGAAGGGUCCCCGCAAAGAGACAUUCAAGGUCACCGUGCACGCAAGCCUGUGGCAGGCAAUGACCUACUUCCUCGGCAACCUGGUAAACGCGCUGGCAUACUGGUGGGGUGCCAAGCAGAUCAUCGCAGGCAACUACACCCAGACCCAGUUCCUGAUCGUGGUCUUCUCUCUGCUCGUCAGUGCUCUGCUCUGGAGUCAAAUGUUUGCUCUCGCGCCGGAGCUCUCCAGUGCCCGCGCCGCAAUGGCCCGGAUUCUAAGUCUCAUCGAGAUCGGCUCGGACAAGAUGCAAGGACACGUGCGCAGCCCUACCGCGAAUGUUUCGGACGACCCCGAGGCAAUGGCCGAGGCAAAGCCCAUUAUAUCAAACAACCAAGCCUCAAGCGUACAGCUCCGCGAUGUGCACUUUGCCUAUCCCGCCCGACCAGACAUCAAAGUACUCAACGGCCUGAGCAUCGAUAUCCGGCCAAGCCAGUUCUGCGCGCUAGUGGGACCCAGCGGCGCAGGCAAAUCAACCAUCAUCUCCCUCGUAGAACGGUUCUACACCCCCGAGUCCGGCGCGAUCGUCGUCGACGGCGUGGACAUCACCAAACACCGCGACGUCUCCUUCCGCGACACGAUAGCGCUAGUCCCCAGGAAAGCGUCCUCUUCGAAGGCAGCAUCGCCACGACCAGACCACCAGGCAACAAUGGACGAAAUCGUCGAGGCGUGCAAGCUCGCCAACAUCCACGAGGUGAUUCAGGGCUUGCCGGACGGGUACCAGACACUAUGCGGGCCGAACGGGAGCCAGUUCUCCGGGGGCCAGAAACAGAGGCUGUCGAUUGCCAGGGCGCUGGUUCGGAAACCGAAGCUGUUGAUUCUGGAUGAGUCGACGAGUGCGUUGGAUGCGGAGUCCGAGAAGCUGCUGCAGGAUGGGCUGGAGAAGGCUGCGAAGGGGAUCACGGUCAUUGCGAUUGCGCAUCGGUUGCAUACGAUCCGCAAGGCGGAUGUGAUUUUCUUGAUAGAAGGGGGAAAAUGUGAAUUGCUGCAGAGGUCGGAGAGUUAUAGGGCGAAUGUUAUGCAUCAGACUGUGGCAUAGUAUUUAUAUAUAUAUUUAAUCCUUACAUUUCAUAGACAAUGAUUCAUCUAAA